ACUCGUUUCAAAGGUUAUGUAACCGCUGUUCCUACGGUGGCGAGUUUACAUACAUUAAUCAGUUAUACUGACCACACGACUGACAGUAGUCAGUUUCAUCAUGUUGAGAAUAUUACGUGGCAGUCAGCCAAACAUCUAGCUAAGUAGUAUUAGGCGAUACCAUGGAAGGUUGUAAUUAGUGGCAUAAACCAAUAACUUACAGGCGAAUGAACACAAGUAGUUUGUGUUUUGAAUUCUUUUAUUUACUUACGUCUGCCGAGCAAAUGAAGCUGCAUUGGGAACAUCCAUUCUGAGGAAAAGUUGCAGUGCACGCGGAGAUGCGUUUCAUGCUGCUGUUCAGCCGGCAAGGAAAGCUGCGGCUGCAGAAGUGGUACACAGCCACAGCUGAGCGCGAUAAGAAGAAGAUGGUCAGGGAGCUGAUGCAGAUAGUGCUCGCCCGCAAACCAAAGAUGUGCAGCUUCCUAGAAUGGAAGGACCUCAAGAUUGUCUAUAAAAGGUAUGCAAGCUUGUAUUUCUGUUGUGCAAUUGAAGAGCAGGACAAUGAGCUGAUCACACUGGAAGUCAUCCACCGCUUCGUAGAGCUGCUAGAUAAGUACUUUGGCAGUGUGUGUGAGCUGGACAUCAUCUUUAACUUUGAGAAGGCUUACUUCAUUCUAGAUGAGUUCCUGAUGGGAGGAGAGAUCCAGGACACGUCUAAGAAGAGCGUCCUCAAAGCCAUUGAACAAGCUGACCUACUGCAGGAGGAGGAUGAGUCACCCAGGAGUGUGUUGGAGGAGAUGGGCUUGGCGUAGUACACAGCAGCAUUAUGAGAGACUGUAGAUCCUAAGACAGACGGCUGGAUGAGAGAGGGCAGGACAGAAUCUGGAAUUGAACAUGCUUGGACUGACGGUGUUGGUUCUGUGUUUCUGUGGCUCUGGGGAUUGAUGUUAAGUAUUUUAAUGGGGGAAAAGACUCAGUUAAGAAUGGAAGAUUCUUGCAUUGACAGGCCCUUUAGCUCUGUGUUUGUGUGUGUGUGUGUGUUUGAUCUGCGGGGUAGAGGAAAUGGAAUAUAUUUAAACUUGUAUUUGGCUGCAGGGGGGGUUGUGUGUUUCGAUUUUUAAAAUGGUGAGGUGGAGUCUAGCUUUGCUUAUCUGAAAGUUAAGAUAAGUACCAGACUGAUGCUUUGAUGCAAAGAGCUGGUUAAACAGUCACACCUUGUUGUGGCGUUUUGUCAGGUACUGAAUGGAGACUGAGACUAGAUCAGGGAUUUCGGUAAUUAGACAGAAAAAAAUAACUGGGCAUCACUCAAAUGAUAAGUCAGAUGUUAUUCUAUAUUUUUUUGUAUUUUCAGCAAUUCUCAUGAAAAAAACAAAACUAGUUAGUCCAUUUCUCAAUACCUUCUGAUUCCCAUGCCCUGUCUGUGGCUCUCUGCCCCAAGCCCAUUGGUUCCUACUGAUGACAUGAAUAUUUAAAAAACAGCUUUAAAAAAAAAAAGGCUCAGUAAUUUCCUAAAACAGCUGGCCCCUAUAGUUUUUUAGCAAACGUUACUGAAACAGGAGGAAAUAGUGCAUUUGUUGGGGACUAUUUUCACCGGCAGACUAAUCCACAUUUUCUGCUCUAGUGUUUAUUUCCGGCAGCAGUAAGGUGUAUAUGGGAUUGAGUAAAAAAAAAACUACAGUGUAUGAGUGGGCUCAUGGCAAUGAAGGAACAUGUCAGUCAGGGCAAUGGUGUGGCUCACUGAUGUGUUUUUAAUAGUUUUUGGACAACUAUGGCACAGAGAAGUAAGAUAUUUCAGGCUUUGGAUACACACAAUACUUAGUAGGAUACAUUCAUUGUUGGUUUGGCUCUGCACAUGGAAUUUGGUGACAGUCAGAAAAAAUAUAGAAUAACCCGACCUUUAAAGUACGAUUCAGUGUUUAUUCAAUUCAAUUUUAUUUAUAUAGCGCCAAUUCAUAACAGAAGUUAUCUCAUUGCGCUUUUCCUAUAGAGCAGGUCUAGACAGUGCUCUUUAUAAUAUUAUUUACAGAGACAAAUCCCACCCUGAGCAAGCAUUUGCCGACAGUGGCAAGAAAAAACUUCCUUCAAGAGGAAUCCUGUUUUCGUACCUCGUCAUUAUUCCUAUUGUUGAUAAAAUAUAACAACAAAAAUACACACAAUGUGCAGAGAAAAAAUACAAAAUGUCUGUCCCUCCACUGAAGUGUCGCAUUAUCAAUAUCAGGACACAUAGGAGCGCCAUUCUCACACAUUUCCAGUUAUAACUGCAAAAGCUGUGUUCAAAUUGUUAUUCUCUUGUGUAAAGGGUCAUUUCGGUUAAUUACAACUUAAGUCUUAUUUUUGUAAUUUUGUCCAUCAUUCCUACCAGUUAUAACAUAGGGCAACCAAACAGGUCCCCAAUUUAACUAUUAUAUGAUCAGCCCGUUUGUAGGAGAAACCAAAAGUGAGUGCAACUGAAAUGUAUGUUACAGUCAUCCAUAGUGUUGUAAAACUGCAUGCACACAACCACUGUAAGUACUAUCAGUCAAAUUUUAAGCCGGAAGUAGCUCAAAAGGUGACGUGGAUAUUUACAGCAGACAGGUUGGGUAAUAACUUUAAUAUUUACCUUCAUUCUCACUUCCAAUUAUGAUUUAGAUAAUAUGGUGGCUCUGAUGGCUUUUGUUGUUGCCUCAUGCAUUGCAUUAUGAAGCCAUGUUGAGGCAUUGUGUCCCUAGACCUCAGCAAUGAAGAUGUAAGUAAAACUUUAUCAUAACCAAUAGGAUUGAGGGCUAUAACUAAGGCAUAAGACAGGUUAUAAGAAAACAGUUUUCCUAUUUUUCAGUAUAUUAUUACAAUUAUUGUAAUUACACUUGAUGUUUUAAAGGACCAGUGUAUAACAUUUAGGAAGAUCUAUUGGCAGAAAUGGAAUAUAAUAUUCAUAAGUAUGUUUUCAUUUACUGUAUGAUCACCUGAAAAUAAGAAUCGUUGUGUUUUCAUUACUUUCAAAUAAGCCGUUUAUAUCUACAGAGGGAGCCGGCCCCCUUCCACAGAGGCCGCCAUGUUGCACCUCCAUGUUUCUACAGUAUGCCAGAACGGACAAACCAAACACUGGCUCUAGUUAGGGCCUUUCGCGUUUUUUGUGAGUUUCACGGCCACCGUAGUUUCUCCUACACACUUUGAAGGGGAGGGUGAGGCGAGCAGUAAUUUCACCACUAGAUGCCACUAAAUCCUACACACUGCUUCUUUGAGAAUGUCUAUUGAAUUUUGUCAUGAAGUUGGAGCUGUACUGUUUGGAAUUCAUUUUUUUAUAUGUGAUUGGUCCAUCUUACCUAACACGACGGGCCCACGGUGGUAAACUGCAAUGUGGAUUGUGACUAAUGAACCAAAGACGUUUGAGAUUUCCGUCACAGCCUAAAAUAACUUGUUUACAUAUGAUCCGUUCAUAUGUUUCGUAAGUGGACUGAUGUACCAGAUGAGAUAGAAAUGUCGAGCAAUUUAACAAGUGCAACUGAGAAUCACAUCCAACAUAGUUUUCCUCUAGACAGCAGGAAGCAAACACUGAGAUAGAAUGUAAAUGAACAGAGUUCAGUGUUGGAGUUGGAACAUUGUUCUGCUGGUACUACAAACUGAUACUACAUGUUAGGACUGGAUUGAAAUUCCAAGGCAAUUAGAACAAACUAGAUUUUAGACAAGUAUAUCUUAUGGUCCCAUAGAUGUAUUUACAAUGUUUUAUCUUUUAUUUUUGAAUAUGUGGUUGUUACUGAUGGUGAUCUAAAUUUGAUGAGUAACCGCACAAGUAAUGGAAGUCAGUAAUGGGAAAAGAGCAGGAUCUCCAUAAAUGCUCUUCCUGUAAGUGGUGCUCGUAUUGUUCAAGUUAGUUAAACUGUCAUUUAAAACAAAGUGCAUUUCAACAGUAGAAGCAUUUCAACAGCCUGCAACCAGUUUUGAAUGUAUUCUUGUAUUUGUUUGGGGCGCAACAGUUUACCAGGGUCAUUGUGGGUGCAGAGCUCAGGUUUUAGGUCAGGGUUUGGUUUGUUACCUAGUUUCAGAUCACUUAGAUCAACAUACUGUAUCAACAUGGUUUCCUUAAUGAAGUGGAAAGAUGUUUUUUUUUUUCUAUCUCAACUUGCCCUAGGUUUGACUUAGCUCAGAUCAGCUUGUAAUUAGACAAAUCAUUUAGUGUCAUUGAGUGGGCAGGUGUAUUGAGAGUUUCUGGCAAAUGUAUGUGUGGUCCUACAAAUGCACAAACAUCUUAUGUUUAUGCUCACACACAGGGUUGGGGUUUGAUAGCAUUUUAAUAAAUCUGAAUCCAGAAUUUAAUCCACUCAUUGAAUCUAAAUCCUUGUAGUAUCUAGUAUCCAUCAGCUUUCAGCAUUUGUAACGAAAGUAUAAAUAAUCAAAAACCAAAUUGAAGUGCAAUCAACUUUGCUAACCUUUUUUUAUUAUCUACUUGAUCCAAGUACUGGAAGUCCUGGUCCAGAACUAUUAAUAAACUGAAACUAUUGAUCUGAUAUGAAUCAAAGUUAACUGGGAGAUUCCAACUCCUGAAAUUGAUGUGACGUGAUCAGCUAUAUAGAUUGUUUCACCAGAGAAGACUCUCUAUUGGUCUUGCUGAACUACAAAAACACACUGUCCACUUGCAGUCAUUGUGAUGUUGAGUGGCGGAGAUUAUCUUUAACUGAGUACAGACACUGGCUUUCAGAGAGCACACCUAGACAACAGCAAAGUUAGAGAAUUAAAUUAAUGUGUAACAACCUACAGUUGAAAUAAUCUGUUACCGUCAAUGUUUAUCUUUUUAACUUAAGAGAUAAAAUGUGUGGAACUAAAUCCAAAACAGAACCAGAUAUUAGUGAAUAUGCGAACUGUAUACCCCUGGUAUUUAGUCUAUAACAAAAAUAAUAAUAAUAAUAAUAAUAAUAAAACUUUACUUAUAGAGCACUUAUCAAAACAAUGUACAAAGUGCUUCACAACAAGAGAAAUAAAAUUCCACAGUGAAUGAUGAAAUAUAAAGAAAUAAAAUACAGAAAAGCAAUACAAUACACAGCCAGUUCAGGUAAAAUCAGGAUAUGCUUUCCGAUAAAAAUGUGUUUUGAGAAGAGAUUUAAAAGAAGACACUGACUCAGACAAUGUAAUUUCUUCGGGCAAGUUGUUCCAGCGCCUCGGGGCCCUGAUGGCAAAUGCUCUGCCCCCCUUAGUUUCCAUCCUGGACUCAGGAAAAGACAGAAGAACCCUGCCUGAAGAUCUCAAACUACGUGAAGGUUCAUAAGGGAUUACAAGGUCUAAAAUAUAGUCAGGAGCCAAAAGCCUAGCAGCUGAGUUCUGUACAGUCUGCAGUCUAAUGUUAGUGUGUGCACUGGUGUGUUCUCUUGUUAUGCAUGAAACAUGUUUACUUCAUAAAAAGCUGUGGACAGGGAUGAGAAUGUUUGCGAUACUAUAAACUUCUUUGCAGUCACAUGUAGGGUAUGUACAGAAGGUCAUAAUUGAUCAUUCAUCAUAUAUGUUACCAGAUUUUCCCCUGGAAAAACUGUAUUCAGGAAAAUAAAUUACUGGAAUUGCAAGUUGUUUGCAAGCAGUCUUAUCCAUGUUCACUCAUCUUGCCUCAUCAGGCAAGUGAUAUGGUAUCUUAGGGAAAAUGUAUGAAUUGCUCAUUUCAUACAGCAGAAGCAGUCGGAUAUUUCUGGAAAAUUAUUUAUUUUAAGCUGUAUCACAAUAUUAAUUCCAGAUAUCUUGUUGCUGUCGCUUACUAGGGUUUUGUUACAUUUUCCAAUCCUAUGUAAUCCUACAGAGGAAAAUCUUCCUUUUAUUGCCUGCAUGCAUGUUUUUCAUUAUACAGGGAUAUCAUUUGUACAAUGUCCUCUCAGGAGUUCUGGACAGAAACCUCCUCAUUUCUAAUAGGAAAUUCAUUUUCUUUGUUUUGUACUCUUACAACAUUCCUUGAUCACAACCUAGACAGGGAUGUGGGUGAAGGAAAGAUUUAAAGUUGGAAGCUAGUGUCUACAGGAGUAGUGUAGUACUGUAGUUUUAGUUUGACUGUUUUUCAUCUAUCCUGGGCCUUGCUGUCUUGCUCAAAGAGUUGCUUCAGUGCAACCAUAGCGAGAUAAGGAUUGUCAUAGAAGGAUGUCUGUUUAUCUCUUCAAGUGAAAAUUGUUCAGGAUGUUGAGAUUAUGCUUAAAGCUUGUACACUGUGUAAGCAGCUUGGAUGAUGGGUUUCUGUUCUAACUGACUGAACUGUGAUCUAUGUCUCCACCUGCAAAAUUUUGAAAAGGUAAAUUGUUAUUUUUCACUCCUGCAGUAAUGCUGUCCAAUGCUAGUGUUAUACUUGUAUUUAACUACACGUCUGUGUGCACAUGAUGGCUUCCCAGUGUAUCUCCUUAUUCCUUUGGAGCAUUGGUUAUGCAUGUCCUCAGAAAGGGUUAGAUGUAGAGGGUUAUGUCAGCGAUUUUCAGUGGCUCUUCCCACCAAGUGCCUGCUGGCAUGGUAGUUUGAAUAGUGAGCCAAAGGCUGUGCAUGUGCUAGCGCAUAUCACUCACUCCUGACAUGUGGAGCACCAGGAGGGAGUGGCCAAAAGAAAUCCCUUUAAAAAACAAAACAAAAAAACAGUCAGGGAGAGAAAGAAAGGGGACAGGAGAAAAGGGGGGAGAGGACACAGUGGGGUGUCCAAGGUGAACCUGGUUGGAGUUAGGCGUCCAAGGAAAGACAAUUGGGGUUUAGGCAAGUAGCUGGUCAAGGGAAUGAGAGUCUAGGUGAGAAAGAGAACACAUUGGCGCAAGAAGGGUCCAGGCAUUCUGACAUCCAGGCAUUGGGGCUUGGCAUCCAAGAUGAGGCACUUAGUAGGCAAGGGGUUAAAAGCUAGCACCAGAAAGAGAUGGUUGAGGUCAGACCUACAGAUGGAGUCCAAACAUGUAACAUUAAGAUAAAGAUAGUUGAGGUUAGGGUUAUGCAUCUGCAAGAUGCAAUUAUACCCAUGACCAGAGGGAUAUGUAUGUCAGGAUGUGAAGUAAGGUCACAAGCAGGCUGAACAAACCACAACAAAGUUUUGAAGAGAAACUAAUAGAGCUUGUCACUGCUGCUGCUUUUUCUGCAGUGAUUUGAACUUAAACAGUACAGGAACCUAUUCAGCUGUUGCCAUGUUCAGUGCCAUGUUUACUUUGUGAUAAAACUGAAGUUCUCAAGGAAGAUAUUUUGGUGUCGUCCAGGGAUCAUUAGGUCCUGAGCUACACCCUAUUGGAUAUACUUUUUAAUCCUCCCAGAAUAAAGUACACAGACAAGUAUGUGAACAUUUGCAGUCACAUUGUAGCCACUCGUCUACACAUACACAAAGAUAAAAAAUCAUGAGCUUUAUAUGUUCCAUUGCUCUGAUGAAGUCGCUUUCAUGAUGAGGCAGAUUCUGAAGUGGUCUGAACUGGCUUCUCCCCUGGUUUAGAAUCCAGCCUAACAAGCACUAACUAAGGAUGCAUUCUCCUCAUUGUUUUACUGCAAUCUUUCAAAUAAAAGGUGGAGAGAACCUGAAAUCUUAUCAACCUUUUGUCUACUUUUUACUUGUAAGGCAGAACACAAAAUUUGUCAAAAGUUUGGCUUUGGCCACAUUUCCUUGGCUCAUGGCAAACUUGUUGACCAUGUACCCAUCAGCCAAGUUUCUCACUCAGUUCUGUCAGAAAUGAAUAGCCUUUAUGCGACUUGCUGAUCGUGUUGCUUGCUUAUUUGUACAGAUUCUAAGUGAAUAUUGGACUGUUACUGCCACACCUAUGCUCUUUAAAAAGGUACUACAUCCUCAAAUGCCCUUUGAGCAAUUGUACUUCAUGGAGAAACUAAGAAAAGGUAGGGGUCAUUGGCAAGAACAGGCUGCAAGACUCAGCCUGAAACUGUCUAAAGAAGGGGCAAAUGAUACUGCAGUCAGUUCCACUGCAGCUCUGUUGUCUACAAUGACUAAUCCUUUAUUUUCCUCUGCUGAACUCUGAAUGUUAGUCCAUGUUAUAAGAGUAAGGGCUCACUGUGUGAUGUGACUGUUUUCUACAGUGUUAGAGAUAGAAUGAUGUACUGUGCCAGUAUGUAGUGGAACAAAUGAAAAAGAAGAGCACAUGGGGAAGAAAGGCUAAAAAUAUGUUGACGUACAGUCUGCUGUCACUGAUGAAUGUGCAGUAUGUAACAGCUUUAGGGACAAAUUAUUUGAGUUCUGAGAUUACAUUCAACAUUCUGAGAAAAAUGUUAGAAGUCUGAAGAAAGGAUAAUACUUAAAAUAAAGAUUUCUAACUAAAUCUCAGAAUUUUUACUAUGACCUCAGAGUUUAAAUAUAUUUUGUUCCUGUGGCCCUAAAGGCCUUUAGUAAUGUUAGUGUCAAACAAACUACUUCGUACUAUAUGCUGUCUGACCACAUCUAAAAGCAAACAUGUUUCUAGCUGUUCUGAAUGUCCACACUGGAAGGUGGGAUGAAAAGCCUGCUGUCAUUGCCGCCUGGCUGCAUCCCACUGCCUCCCUGAUCUCUCCAAGAAUUUUGUUUCUAUUGUGUAUCUUUUUAGUGAUGUUGCAAUAAUGACUCACACUUUCAGACAGUCUCUCUUUGCGGUAUUGCACUUUGUUGUACACACAUGAAAUGACGGCAGUAACAAUCAAACCAUGCCUACUUUCACACCACCAUAAAUUUACAAAAAUUGGACAUACUGUAGCCUCCUGAGUUUGCGUUCACAAAGAGGGUUCCAGAUGUUCAACAUUCUGAGAGACACUUUUGACUUUUGUGACUUAUUUUGUUGAAGCAUACUGAGGCCUUGAUCCUUCUCCCAUUCUUCUGUACAUUUGAGCAUGCACCCACUCUUGCAGCCAAAGCUAUUUUGCUUCCUAAGGUUUUAUCAUUAACCCUGACAUCUGCUGCCCCGUUUCUCCUUCAAAGGGACAUUCUUUGAAUAGUGUGUUGAAUAAUGUUUUUCCUCUCCAUUGGGUAAGUUUUUAUUUAAUACCCAGCUUGAACUUUGUCUUUGCUCAAUCAGCUCAUCAUAUGCAAUGACUUGGCGAUUGUGUUGUGCACGAAUAAAUUCAUGUGAAAGAGAAUGAAGAUUUUGAUUUGAAAUCUUUUGUUAAAAAUUGAUUGGUUGCUUUGAGGAAGAGAAGACAAGACAGUGCAUGGUUGAAAGAGCUGUAAAGGGGCUCUAGUGUAGGAAAGCAGAAGCUCAGUGAAUCUGUGUAGUGUUCUACAGGCAAAGGCUAAAGGGGCUUAAUGUGUGAAUGUAAUUUUAUAAAGAAAUAAAACACUUUAAACUGAA